AUGGCAUCAAUUAUUCGCACCGGUCGCCUGAUCAGACCCAUCACUACCUCAGUCCGUAUAUCAAUCAAUCAAGGACAAGGACGACGGCUUUACGGCCAGAGCUCCUACGGCGAUGGCGAAGUCAAGUCCGAAGAUAGUCGGAACGAACCUACUCGAGACCUUGAGCAUCCAGGAGCACCACCCCCCGACGUCGGACAAGGGUACGCCCAAUCCAAGACUUCUCAUCCCACGCCAAAGGCAGGGACCGGGGAAAUAGAAGAAGAUAUUUCCACAAAGCCUUCCAACAAGGCUAAUCCAACCAUCACGGAUGGCCGCCAGUCAGUCAAUGUUGAUGGCGACGGCAAUACUAAGCCGGAUGUGCCCGAGGACGUUAAGCAACACAAUGAAGAAAUUGACCGACGCCAUGAUAAACCAUACAACCGCAUUAAGGAUGAAGGGAAGGUGGGAAAGGGUUUCUGGAAGCUGGAUGGCGGGGGUGCUGGGGACUGA